UGUGCAAAGCAAUGGCCGUUAGUUCCUCAAUUUAAUGCACCUCUUCUCCUAAAUCCUCACUCCUUCUCUUCUUGAAGAUAUAAAACGAAAGCAGAAUGAAUUUAAUAAAUUAAUUAAAGCAAGAGAAAAAGUCCCGCUCAGAAGCAGAUUUGAUUAAAGAGGAAAAGGAUGGCAUCUUGGGAACAUUUUGGAGAACUUGCAAAUGUAGCCCAGCUCGCAGGAUUUGAUGCAGUGCGGUUAAUAGCAAUGAUCGUCAAAGCAGCAAGCACUGCCCGAAUGCAUAAGAAGAACUGCAGGCAAUUCGCAAAUCAUCUCAAGUUGAUUGGUAACUUGCUGGAGCAGCUCAAGAUCUCGGAGCUUAAGAGGUAUCCCGAGACACGUGAGCCGUUGGAUCAACUGGAGGAUGCAUUAAGGAGGGCUUACGUAUUGGUACAUAGUUGUCAGGAUAGGAGCUAUCUCUAUCUCCUGGCCAUGGGGUGGAACAUCGUAUAUCAGUUUAGGAAAGCCCAGAAUGAAAUUGAUCAGUAUUUGAAGAUUGUUCCUCUUAUCACUCUUGUGGAUAAUGCUCGAGUCAGGGAGAGACUAGAAGUUAUUGAGAAAGAUCAACAUGAGUACACACUGGAUGAAGAGGACAGGAGAGUGCAGGAUGUUAUACUGAAACCAGAUCCGUCGACAAAUGAUGCCUUGAUUUUGAAAAAAACUCUUUCUUGCUCAUAUCCAAACAUGUGUUUUAAUGAAGCACUUCGUAAGGAAAAUGAAAAGCUUCAACUGGAGCUACAACUAUCGCAAGCCAAUUAUGAUGUUCAGCAGUGUGAAGUAAUCCAGCGUUUGCUUGAUGUGACAGAGGUUGCGGCUAUAACUUCUAUUCCAGAUAAGAGUUCAUCCAUGAAAGUAGAGCGUAAUUUCUCAGAUGCCAAUAGUGAGAAAGGUCAUUCAUAUAAUGAAAACUCUCCUAAGAAACCUGGUUCACGCACUACUUCUAGAAAUACAUCUUCAGUUUCAUCAGGACAUGAUCUGCUCUCUAACAGAGGUUCGCAUCAAUGUGGCGAAUGGCAUGCAGAUUUGCUCGGUUGUUGCUCAGAACCAUAUCUAUGUAUAAAGACAUUCUUUUGUCCUUGUGCUACAUUUUCAAAGAUUGCUACUGUGGCAAGGAACAGACAUAUGUCUUCCGCAGAAGCAUGCAAUGAACUGAUGGCAUAUUCACUGAUAUUGUCAUGCUGUUGCUACACAUGCUGUGUUAGAAGGAAACUACGGAAGGCAUUGAACAUUACGGGUGGAUUUAUUGAUGAUUUCCUCUCACAUUUGAUGUGUUGCUGUUGUGCCCUUGUUCAAGAAUGGCGAGAAGUACAAGUACGUGGGGCUUAUGGUUUAGAGAAGACUAAAACAAGCCCUCCACCAUCACAAUUUAUGGAAUCGUAAGUAUCAGGUCAGGGAAGUGUUGAUUUUUUAGGAGGUUUUAACACUAACCUCAGUUAGUCGC